CUCCGCCACUACGAGGAGGCCACCGAGGCCGGCAUCCGCGUGGACCACACCCGCCCGCGCUGGGACUUCACCGGCGCCUUCUACUUCGUGGGCACCGUGGUGUCCACUAUCGGGUUUGGGAUGACGACUCCCGCGACAGUAGGAGGGAAAAUCUUUCUGAUCUUCUAUGGCCUCAUUGGGUGUGCAAGCACCAUCUUGUUCUUCAACCUCUUCCUGGAGCGGCUGAUCACCGUCAUCGCCUACAUCAUGAAGUCCUGCCACCAGCAGCAGCUCCGGAGAGAGGGGGCCCUGCCCCGGGAGAGCCCCAAGAACCUCUGCGGUGCGGUGGGCGGCCUGGCGGGCUGGAAGCCCUCCGUGUACUAUGUCAUGCUGAUCCUGUGCCUGGCCUCCCUCCUCAUCUCCUGCUGCGCCUCGGCCAUGUACACCUGCAUCGAGGGCUGGAGCUACUUCGACUCCCUCUACUUCUGCUUCGUGGCGUUCAGCACCAUCGGCUUUGGGGACCUGGUCAGCAGCCAGAACGCCAUGUACGAGAGCCAGGGCCUCUACCGCUUUGCCAACUUCGCCUUCAUCCUCAUGGGCGUCUGCUGCAUCUACUCCUUGUUCAAUGUCAUCUCCAUCCUCAUCAAACAGUCGGUGAACUGGAUCCUGAGGAAAAUGGGCAGCGGGUGCUGCCGGCAGUGCCAGGGCGGCCUCCCAAGGGCACGCAGGAACGCGAUCAUGCCAGGCAACGACCCCUCAGAAACAGGCGGGGUAAUGGACAGUGAGGUGGGUGGGCGGCGCCCCUCGGAGGAGAUGAUCUCCAUGAAGGACUUCCUGACCACCAACAAGGUGUCGCUGGCCGCCCUGCAGAAGCAGCUGUCCGAGUCGGCCAACGGCUGCCGCCUCCAGACGGGCACGCAGCCUCGGGACAGCGAGUUCUCAGGGGGCGUGGGGGCCUUUGCCAUCAUGAACAACAGGCUGGCAGAGACCAGUGGGGACAGGUAGGACCGAGGAGGCCGAGGGGAGAGCGGCCGGGAGAGGAGCGUCACCGAGCUCGGCUCUGCCCGUGGCUGGGCUCGUCCUGGGCCGUGCCUCUGGCUCAGCGGUUCUCAACCUGUGGGUUGCGACCCCUUUGGCGGUCGAACGAC